CUAUAACUUUGACAGCGGGCUUUGUUUGUUUUUUGAAUCUAAUGAAAUACAAUUAAAAUUUCUUUUUUUUCUCAGUUAUUAUUUUAUUGGAAAACAAUAAUCAUAAUUUAAUGUCAUUCCACUAUCCACGUCGUGUUAAAGAUCUUCCAAAGUUAGAACUUGAUUCCGAAGAUGAAUUUAAUACGCCACUUAAGACGAAGCCGUCAAAAGAUGGAACUCAAAAUUCACAGCAAAGCACGGCAACCGCAAAUAAGGAGAAUGAGAACAAUGCCAACAGUAGUUCCACAUAUUCAUUUAACAAUCUUCGCAUGGUGCCCAAAAGACGCGCUGAGUUGCCUGCACUGGAAUCGGAUUCUGAAGACGAUUCUGUUAAAGAUGACAAUUUAAACUGUGCUAUUCUUAACGAUUCCUUUCUGCUUACACCAGGAAAAAGUUGUUCUGGCGAAGCUGGCUCUAAGGAGAGUUCAGUUAGUAGGGGGAAAACUAAUGACACGUCAGACAUGUCCUUGUUGGCACAUUUCAAUAAUAUGGAUUUGAAGAGUCCUUCAAAAGAUACGAAAGUGGACAAACCAAGCCAAGAGACUAGUAACUCUCAUGAAGUUGCCAAUGAUGUGCCGGCAUCAACUAUUAAAAAUGCAUCAUCAAUUGAAGCUCAAUUUGCCACUCCACAAAUACGUUCCUUUUCGGUACAAAGACGGCCACGCGAUCUUUGUUCCACACAGUCACAAAAAACCAAAUCGGCCAUUGUAAAUGAGUUUCGUUCCCAAAAGGUUUUAUUUCAGACUCCAAUGGCCAUAUCACGGGCACCAAUGUCCUGUCUACCUAACGAUAGUAUUUCAUUUUCUUUAUGUGAUACCAUUAAUGAGGGGGAACACCCUCAACAGCGGAAAAAAACCCCAAAAUGUGCUGCAGAAAACCCUACGGGUCGUUCCAAAAAAUCCCUUGAGGGCGAAUUUAUGGAAGUGAGUCGGGAACAGGCACAGAAGACUGAAAAUGCAAAGGGCUCUGCGAUCACAACUAAGGAUAAGGAAACUAUAGUUCACAUAAAUAAUUCCGACUAUGUUAUUAUGCAAAAACUGGGCUGUGGUGGAUCUAGCUCGGUGUAUCUUGCCAAAAGGGUAGACAAUGACAAAGAAUGUGCAUUGAAGGUGGUUGAUUUGCAAGGUGAUCCUGCUGUUGUGGAAGGCUAUUUGAAUGAAACCAAGUUGUUGGCCAAGCUCCAAGGCAAUGUCUGUGUUGUCUCUCUAUAUGAGUAUCAAUUAUUACGAAAGGAAUCCAAGCUGUUUUUGGUAAUGGAGAAGGGUGAUUCGGAUUUACAUAAAAUCCUACAAAGCUAUACCACAAAUUUGCCGCUCUACGUUCUGACAAACUUUGUUUAUCAAAUGCUGCAAGCGGUUAACUACAUACACCAAAAUGGUGUCAUACAUUCGGACCUAAAACCUGCCAAUUUUCUAAUGGUUAAUGGCAGAUUAAAACUCAUAGAUUUUGGUAUUGCCAGUAAUAUUGCUAUUGAUUCGACAAGUAUUAUUAAAUUCUCACAAGCGGGCACGUUUAAUUACAUUAGCCCCGAGGCACUAACUGAUACCUCCACUGGCAGCAGCCCAAUGCGUAGUAAUCAACCAAAAAUAAAGAUUUCCACAAAAUCGGAUGUUUGGUCACUGGGCUGUAUUCUUUAUUUGUUACUUUAUAAGAAAACACCAUUUGGCCAUAUCAAAAAUCUGUGUGCCAAAAUAAGUGCCAUAUGUAGUCCAACACAAAAUAUUGAAUUUGGCCCAUUGCCUCCCUAUUAUCCUGCCAUGCUGGUUCAUAUGGCUAAAAAUUGUCUGCAACAUAAUCCCAAACAACGCCCAUCCUGUGCUGAUUUACUUAAAUAUCCCUUUAAUAUGAUAAUUCCAAUACAAACCCUAUCGCUGCCACCUAAGUAAUAUAUAACGUUGAAUUUAUAAUUAUGUGUAAUUAGGAUUAAGAAAUUAUGAUAUCACCAUCAACAAAUAAAAAUAAAUUGUAAAAUACUAUUAUUAGAAAA